AUGGGGAAGGAUGCGGAAAGGGAAGACGGAGCGGAGCGGAGCGGAGCGGAGCGGAGCGAGCAGACGGAGCGGAGCGAGCAGACGGAGCGGAGCGAGCAGACGGAGCGGAGCGAGCAGACGGAGCGGAGCGAGCAGACGGAGCGGAGCGAGCAGACGGAGCGGAGCGAGCAGACGGAGCGGAGCGAGCAGACGGAGCGGAGCGAGCAGACGGAGCGGAGCGAGCAGACGGAGCGGAGCGAGCAGACGGAGCGGAGCGAGCAGACGGAGCGGAGCGAGCAGACGGAGCGGAGCGAGCAGACGGAGCGGAGCGAGCAGACGGAGCGGAGCGAGCAGACGGAGCGGAGCGAGCAGACGGAGCGGAGCGAGCAGACGGAGCGGAGCGAGCAGACGGAGCGGAGCGAGCAGACGGAGCGGAGCGAGCAGACGGAGCGGAGCGAGCAGACGGAGCGGAGCGAGCAGACGGAGCGGAGCGAGCAGACGGAGCGGAGCGAGCAGACGGAGCGGAGCGAGCAGACGGAGCGGAGCGAGCAGACGGAGCGGAGCGAGCAGACGGAGCGGAGCGAGCAGACGGAGCGGAGCGAGCAGACGGAGCGGAGCGAGCAGACGGAGCGGAGCGAGCAGACGGAGCGGAGCGAGCAGACGGAGCGGAGCGAGCAGACGGAGCGGAGCGAGCAGACGGAGCGGAGCGAGCAGACGGAGCGGAGCGAGCAGACGGAGCGGAGCGAGCAGACGGAGCGGAGCGAGCAGACGGAGCGGAGCGAGCAGACGGAGCGGAGCGAGCAGACGGAGCGGAGCGAGCAGACGGAGCGGAGCGAGCAGACGGAGCGGAGCGAGCAGACGGAGCGGAGCGAGCAGACGGAGCGGAGCGAGCAGACGGAGCGGAGCGAGCAGACGGAGCGGAGCGAGCAGACGGAGCGGAGCGAGCAGACGGAGCGGAGCGAGCAGACGGAGCGGAGCGAGCAGACGGAGCGGAGCGAGCAGACGGAGCGGAGCGAGCAGACGGAGCGGAGCGAGCAGACGGAGCGGAGCGAGCAGACGGAGCGGAGCGAGCAGACGGAGCGGAGCGAGCAGACGGAGCGGAGCGAGCAGACGGAGCGGAGCGAGCAGACGGAGCGGAGCGAGCAGACGGAGCGGAGCGAGCAGACGGAGCGGAGCGAGCAGACGGAGCGGAGCGAGCAGACGGAGCGGAGCGAGCAGACGGAGCGGAGCGAGCAGACGGAGCGGAGCGAGCAGACGGAGCGGAGCGAGCAGACGGAGCGGAGCGAGCAGACGGAGCGGAGCGAGCAGACGGAGCGGAGCGAGCAGACGGAGCGGAGCGAGCAGACGGAGCGGAGCGAGCAGACGGAGCGGAGCGAGCAGACGGAGCGGAGCGAGCAGACGGAGCGGAGCGAGCAGACGGAGCGGAGCGAGCAGACGGAGCGGAGCGAGCAGACGGAGCGGAGCGAGCAGACGGAGCGGAGCGAGCAGACGGAGCGGAGCGAGCAGACGGUGCGGAGCGAGCAGACGGUGCGGAGCGAGCAGACGGAGCGGAGCGAGCAGACGGAGCGGAGCGAGCAGACGGAGCGGAGCGAGCAGACGGAGCGGAGCGAGCAGACGGAGCGGAGCGAGCAGACGGAGCGGAGCGAGCAGACGGAGCGGAGCGAGCAGACGGAGCGGAGCGAGCAGACGGAGCGGAGCGAGCAGACGGAGCGGAGCGAGCAGACGGAGCGGAGCGAGCAGACGGAGCGGAGCGAGCAGACGGAGCGGAGCGAGCAGACGGAGCGGAGCGAGCAGACGGAGCGGAGCGAGCAGACGGAGCGGAGCGAGCAGACGGAGCGGAGCGAGCAGACGGAGCGGAGCGAGCAGACGGAGCGGAGCGAGCAGACGGAGCGGAGCGAGCAGACGGAGCGGAGCGAGCAGACGGAGCGGAGCGAGCAGACGGAGCGGAGCGAGCAGACGGAGCGGAGCGAGCAGACGAGAAGGCAAGGAGAAGAAGGCAAGGAGAAGAAGGCAAGGAGAAGAAGGCAAGGAGAAGAAGGCAAGGAGAAGAAGGCAAGGAGAAGAAGGCAAGGAGAAGAAGGCAAGGAGAAGAAGGCAAGGAGAAGAAGGCAAGGAGAAGAAGGCAAGGAGAAGAAGGCAAGGAGAAGAAGGCAAGGAGAAGAAGGCAAGGAGAAGAAGGCAAGGAGAAGAAGGCAAGGAGAAGAAGGCAAGGAGAAGAAGGCAAGGAGAAGAAGGCAAGGAGAAGAAGGCAAGGAGAAGAAGGCAAGGAGAAGAAGGCAAGGAGAAGAAGGCAAGGAGAAGAAGGCAAGGAGAAGAAGGCAAGGAGAAGAAGGCAAGGAGAAGAAGGCAAGGAGAAGAAGGCAAGGAGAAGAAGGCAAGGAGAAGAAGGCAAGGAGAAGAAGGCAAGGAGAAGAAGGCAAGGAGAAGAAGGCAAGGAGAAGAAGGCAAGGAGAAGAAGGCAAGGAGAAGAAGGCAAGGAGAAGAAGGCAAGGAGAAGAAGGCAAGGAGAAGAAGGCAAGGAGAAGAAGGCAAGGAGAAGAAGGCAAGGAGAAGAAGGCAAGGAGAAGAAGGCAAGGAGAAGAAGGCAAGGAGAAGAAGGCAAGGAGAAGAAGGCAAGGAGAAGAAGGCAAGGAGAAGAAGGCAAGGAGAAGAAGGCAAGGAGAAGAAGGCAAGGAGAAGAAGGCAAGGAGAAGAAGGCAAGGAGAAGAAGGCAAGGAGAAGAAGGCAAGGAGAAGAAGGCAAGGAGAAGAAGGCAAGGAGAAGAAGGCAAGGAGAAGAAGGCAAGGAGAAGAAGGCAAGGAGAAGAAGGCAAGGAGAAGAAGGCGGUUUAUGGAGUUACGGUGGUGGCGGCAGUGGUGGCAGCAGCAGCAGCAGCAGCAGCAGCAACUACAAUAA